AUGUCGGAUAUCGACCAGGACCCAAACCGGGUCGCCAUAGCAUUCAUUGAGUACUACUAUAAUCUCAUCCACUCGGGCACGGAAAACCUGUACCAGCUGUACUCGCAGAAUGCCGUUCUCAGACACGGCGACUACAAGGCCCCGCUGAGCGCGGACGUCGUUGCUGCUGAGGGGCCGGCAGAGAUCAAGGCACACUGGGCCAAGUCGAAGCUGGCCGGGUCUAAAGUGAUGAUCCAGUCGAUAGACGCCUCCAAGUCGUUCCAGGAAUCGAUUCUGAUUGUUUGUGUUGGCGAGCUGGCUCCCAAGAGCAGCCACGACACAGAGUCUGUGGCAUACAAGUUUGUGCAGACGUUUCUGCUCGUUCCGACCGUCAAGCGCAGCGUCUACGACGUGUACAACGACGUGCUGAACUUCCUGCCGGACGUCGACUCCAACUACGAUCCCGAGCCGGAGUCCGCGACCGAGACCCCGGACAGCGCAGAGAAAGGCGAGGUGUUUUCCGUGCAAAGCAAGGAGUCCACCCCGGAGACCGGCGAGGGCGAGGAGGAGGAGCCAGAGCAGCCAGAGCAGCCAGAGCAGCGGCCAGAACGGCCUGUGACGUCGAAGCCGAUGAGCUGGGCUGACCAGAUCGCGUCUGCGGCAGCUAAGAAGGUUGAGGCGAAGAAGACCAAGGAAUCGAAGGAGCUGAAGGAGGAAAAGAGAGAAAGAAGAGACGAGAAGAAGGAGGACGAGAAGAAGGAGGACAAGAAGGACAAGAAGGAGGACGAGGAGUUCAAGAAGCACAAGAGCCGGAUGGUCAACAAAAAGGGCCAGGUUGUGUACCCGAUCUACGUGAAGGGUGUUACGAGUGCUAUCACCGAGGAGGAGCUGCAAAAACACCUCGAGGAGAAUUUCGGCAACGUCGACCUGUGCAAGAUCGACCGGAUGAUCGCUCUGGUGAACUUUACGGAGCAGAGCUCACAGAAAAAGGCCAUCAAGACAGGCGCAAUUCACGUCAAGGGUGUUGAAAUCAAGCUGGAGCCGCGGGCAAAAAAAGAUGCGGCUCCCGUGGUGGCCAAGAAGAAGCGGAAGGGAGGCAAGAACGGCGGAGUCAGCGAGGACGGGUUCAGAAAGGUGGGGAAAUAG